CUCUCCUGCAUCUUUCUGUCUUGCUUUCUCAUCAUCAACAAUUCACCAACACCAACUUAAAGAGGGAGAGUGAGAGGGAGAGAAAGGGAGAGAACUAACAAGUGAUCAUGGCCAUGCUCCGUCUCUUCCCCGCCGCAGUCGUCGUCGCCGUUCUCUGCAUCGCCCUCGCGGGGGCCGUCCUCGCGGCUCCACUCCCCCCCUUCAUCGUCGAGGGCCGUGUCUACUGCGACACUUGCCGCGCCGGCUUCGAGACUAGCGCCACUCAAUACAUUGAAGGAGCGAAGGUAAGGCUGGAGUGCAAGCACUUUGCGACGGGGGUGGUGGAACACGCGGUGGAGGGGGUGACGGACGGCACGGGGACAUACAGGAUCGAGCUGGCGGACAGCCACGAGGAGGAGAUCUGCGAGGUGGCGCUGGUGGCCAGCCCGCUGUCCGGGUGCGCCGAGAUCGCCGCCGGCCGCGACCGCGCGCGCGUCCUCCUCGCCCACGACAGCGGCCUCGCGUCCAACGUCCGCUACGCCAACCCCCUCGGCUUCCUCAAGGAGAAGCCGCUCGCCGUCUGCGGCGCGCUGCUGCAGCAGUACGCGCUCGGCGACGACGAGUAGUGUGGUGGUCGGAAAAAAGAUGUUACUUGCUUUGUAAUCCAUGCAUGCAUGCAUGUGAGAGCAAAUUAUAUGUGAGAAGAAGAAAUUAUAAAGCUUGUUGGUGAUAUAUUUAUGAUAUAAUUUUAUAUUCUCUCCUGUUUCUUUCUA